AUGGCUACGGUUACCUCUGUUCAGUUCGAGCACUAUCAUGCCUCUGGCUGUAUUGGAGUUCAUGAGACCACACCAAGACUCUCUUGGAAAAUCGAGGGAGUCUCCACAGAUUUUCGUCAGAUUUCCUAUGAGAUUGAGCUCUCUGAGACGAUUCUUACUAUCUCAAAGGUCGUAUCGACCCUGAAAUGUGUAUCAUCUGCAUCAAGUUUGGUGCCGUGGCCUUUUCGAAAGCCACUUUCUUCACGUCAGCGGAUUUCGGUGAGAAUCAGAAUCUGGGACCAGGACGAGAAGGCGACUGAUUGGAGCAAACCAUCGCACCUUGAGGUCGGUCUUCUUGCUCGUACAGAUUGGAGUAGUGAGCGCAUUGCUGCACCCUGGGGCCCCGGUACAGUCGCUCCCGACCCAGAGCAGCUCUUUCGCAAGCAAUUCUCAGUCAAUUUCCCCGCCUUUCAGGCUAGAUUGUACGUCACAGCACAGGGCGUUUACGAGGCAGAGAUUAACGGUCAGCGAGUUGGCGACUAUUUCCUCGCUCCAGGAUGGACAUCUUAUGAAGGAAGACUUCAGUAUCAGACGUAUGAUGUCACUUCGUUGCUUUCUAGCAAUCAGCCUGAGAACUGCAUUGGAGUCCGUGUUGCAGAAGGGUGGUUUUCUGGGCGUAUAGGAUUUGAGGGCGGUCAUCGAAAUAUCUGGGGUCCUCACACAGCACUUAUUGCUCAGCUGGAAAUCAUAUCUGGCGAUGGGAUUAUCCAGAGAAUCUCGACAGACGGAUCCUGGCAGGUCGCUCGUGGUCCCAUCAUACUUGCUGAGAUCUACGACGGAGAGAAGUAUGACGCCACCCUUGACUUGCCAAAUUGGUCGAAAUGGGUGGCCGCUAGCAUGUCGGACGGACUUCGCUUUGAGAAAGUGAUAACUCUGGAAUUCUUGCCGAUUUCGACCACUUUGGUCGCUGGAUACGGCGAGCCGGUGCGGAAAACUCAAGCCGUCGGGCCUGUCAACCAAAUAACGACUCCCUCCGGCAAGACGAUCAUCGACUUUGGUCAAAACCUCGUCGGCUGUCUCAAGUUUCGUAACAUCAAAGGACCCAGAAAUCACAAAAUUACCUUCUCACACGCCGAGGUGCUAGAGAACGAUGAGCUCGGAACGCGCCCUCUGCGUAUCUGUAAAGCUGUAGAUGAGUACAUCUUGAGCGGUGCCCCGGAGGGAGAAGGGUAUGAACCUCGAUUUACAUUUCACGGCUUCAGAUAUGCACAGAUCGAUGGGUGGACUAGUGAUCAUGACUUGAUAUCAUCAGUCGAAGCCAUAGUCUACCAUACAGAUAUGAAGGCUGCUGGGUCAUUCUUCUGCUCCGACCCCCUCCUGAAUAAGCUAUACCAAAACAUUGUUUGGGGCAUGCGCGGAAACUUUCUGUCUGUACCGACAGACUGCCCUCAACGAGAUGAAAGGCUUGGUUGGUCGGGUGACCUAGCGCUUUUCGCACCGACGGCAACUUUGUUAUUUGAUUGCUAUGGAAUGCUGAAGAACUGGCUCAUUGAUGUAGCAUACGACCAAGAGGUUCUGGGUGGUGUGCCGCCGAUGGUCAGUCCGAAUGCCACACUUCCAGAUCCGAUAUGGUGUAGAAGAGUGCCUUGCGCUAUCUGGCACGAUGUUACUAUUCUAGCUCCUUGGGCGCUCUAUCAAGAGACUGGAGACGACAGCAUUCUAUCUCAACAGUAUGGCAGCAUGCUGACUUGGAUGGUCAAGUUGCCGCGCAACCAAUCUGGUGCAAAGCACUUGUGGGACAACUCAAUCUUUCAGCUCGGCGAUUGGCUCGAUCCUACCGCCCCCCCAGACGCGCCGUGGAAAUCCCCGACAGACGCGAAGAUGGUCGCCAACAUGUUUCUCAUCCAGAGUCUGCGGCUGAUGGCUCGUAUAUCUGGCAUCCUUGGUGAAGAGACCAGGAAGGUCGACUUUGAAUCAGAGUUCAGGGCAGCCAAAGCACAGUUCCAUCAAGAAUACGUGACUCAAAAUGGGCGGAUUGUGUCAGACACCCAGGCAGCAUACGCUUUAGCCAUCUGCUUGAAUGUGCUGGACGAGUCGCAGAAAGUUCGGGCCGGCCAACGUCUAGCGGAGCUCGUGAAGAAGAAUGACUUCAAGAUUGCAACAGGAUUUGCUGGAACACCAUACCUCUGCGAGGCACUGUUCAUCACAGGGCAUGUUCAAGUAGCCUACCGCAUGCUUUUGGAAAAAGAAUGCCCGUCUUGGCUGUAUCCCAUCACUAUGGGGGCUACAACGGUCUGGGAAAGGUGGGAUUCUAUGCUCCCCGACGGAAGCAUCAAUCCAGGCGAGAUGACCUCUUUCAAUCACUAUGCCUUCGGUGCUAUUGCAAAGUUCCUGUUUGAAAGAAUAGCAGGUCUUCAGAGACUUGAGCCAGGGUGGACGAGAUGCCGCAUUGCUCCAGCUAUUGGAGCUGAGUUCUCCCACGCCUCGGCGUCUCAUAUGAGUCGUCAUGGGCUCAUCGAGUGCUCUUGGGAGACGAAAGUGGUCAAUGGAGGCAAAGAGAUGUUGCAUGUUAGACUGAGUAUACCUCAUGGUGUCACCGCCGAGGUUGUGCUACUGAGCGAAGAGGGAGAGAAACUGGAGGUGGUAGGUGUGGGGGAAUGGAAUUUUAAGACGAUUUUUGUCCGGGAUUAUGACUGGCCUGUAUUACCCCUGAAGAGCAAGUCAUGA